ACAUAACGUUACGAUUCAUUCUAGGUGAAAAUCUCCUUAUGUCGGGUACUGUGGGAAGCAGGUCUAGAAGAAACCCUCCCUCCGAGGAUAGCGGAGAAUAUGACUAUUGUGGCGGAAUGUUUUCAACGAAGAAUUACCAGUGUCAGGAUGACAUCAACAUCUCGUCAAGGAAACCAGCAGUUCUACAGAUCACAGUGUCUGCAUACCGACAGCUGGAUGACGAUAGCCUGGCUCCAGCACCGACAGACCUCAUGCUCGAUGACUUUGCCGAGAGCUUGCCGGACUUGGACGAUGUGGUCUACCGCUUUCAAUACAACGGCCUACUUGUGUUGAACUUGACCGUAGACAAAGACGUUGUCCUUGAAGUUGUUCCCGAGUUCGUGGAGGCUCUGCAUCGAUUAUGGAGUGCUCAUCAAACUGGCCGGCUAGAUAGGAUGCUACAGAAGACACUUGUGUCUGAGGAGCUACUGAGGUGUCUGGGUGUGGAGACUAUUGUGCUGAGGAGCUGUAUAUGCCUACAGGAUCUCUGCACGUGUUUCUUACAGAUGAUCUAUGACGAUAAUCUUCAAUCAGAUAUCCGACCAGUACAGGACUAUGUCCGGAGACACUGCCUCGUCCUGCUGGACAGCACCAAUCCUGUAGUCGCCGGGCUCAACGUCAUGUCUUCAGUACCACCUGCAUGGUCCUUCAUCCUGGCGGCAAACCUCAGAACUACAGGAGAAGACCAAGAUCAGGAAUCUGUCCACAGUGACACCGGACAGAGUCAGACACCGAAAACGGUUUGUGCUUCACCAUUGUACGAAAGGUCUAUAGAUUCCAUCAUUCAAUGCUCAACUGAACAAGCAAAAUACCCAAAAUGUAUCGAAGAAGAAGGCAACUGGAUACUGGAAAAGGAGGAACCCAAAAAGAAGACUAUUACUGGGAGUGGUGCAAAAGAGAAAAUCAAGAUCAUAGCAGGUGAGGGAACAUUUGUCACCGUGAAGGCUGUUGGAAAAGAACUGAUAAAGAAGCAGGCAGGUAGCGCGAGUGCCGCGGCGGGAAUCGGGCUCACUGCCGCCUUCGAGGGGGUGACCUUCGCCAGACGCACGGCUGGUUCUGUCAAGAAGCUGCGUGAGGAGAAGCUGUCAGGUGGACAGUUUGCAGGAGAGAUGGCGAAGCACGCAACGAAGGGGGUGUUCUCCGGAGGCGGGACCGUGGCAGGUGCCACGCUGGGACAGAUGGCGAUUCCCGUCCCGGUUCUAGGGGCGGUCAUCGGUGGCGUCAUCGGCAACAUGAUCGGGAAGGGAGCCGGGUACGUGGCCGCGGAUGUGGCCCCAGAGUUCCUGAUGAAAGAUGGGCAAAAAUGGAAGUUGCGAAAGGGUGUAGAGGAAACGAAACCAGUAGAAGGCCUAGGAAAGAUGGCAACCAUUGACAGUGGGCCCUUAGAUACAGCACAGGUGACCGCGGCAGAGACUUCCGGAGAAAGCUGAUGGUAUUUUCAAGGCAGUAAUAUGUUCUUGACAACCGCGCAAAAAACAAGAAAGCGAACUGAGGAACUUCCUUAACUUAACGUUACC